AGCACAUGUCGUAGGUAGUUCAAUACAGAUAGUAAUUGAGUAGGUAGUACUCUUAUUCUACCUGACAUAUAGAAACUGGCUAAAAUGGCAACUUCUAUACCCGAAGCGCUUCGGAAUGUCAAGGCCUUGACCUUUGAUGUUUUUGGCACGGUUGUGGACUAUCGCUCGAGUGUCCACCAGGAACUCGUGAAGCGUGCCCGGGAGAAGACGACGUCUCCGACCUUCGGCACGUUGCCCGAAUCAUCGCAGGCUCGCCUAAAAGCGAUGACUGACGACGAUUGGGCCACGUUUACACAGGAAUGGAGGACGACCUACUACGUAUUUACACGGGAAUUCGUGCCUGGCAAGUCGGAGUGGAAGGAUAUUGAUACUCACUUCUACGACGCUCUGCGGGAACUGCUAGACAAAUGGGGACUGUCCGGCAUCUACGCAGACGACGAGGUGCGAUCCAUAAAUCAGAUCUGGCACAAUCUCAAACCGUGGGAUGACUCCGCGGCAGGCAUCCAACGACUAGGAACCCGAUUCGUCACAUCGACGCUGUCCAAUGGCAACCAAUCCAUUCUCAAGGAUCUCAACGAGUACGGGCGCCUAGGUUUCCGGAGAAUAAUAUCAACUGCCGACUUUGGCGCUUAUAAGCCGCACCCGAGCACAUAUUUGGGUGCAGCUAAUGCUCUUGGGUUCCGGCCCGAGGAAGUGGCUAUGGUUGCGGCUCAUCUGGGGGACCUUGCAGCAGCACGGUCGAAUGGUCUUAGAACGAUCUACGUGGAGCGGCCUAGGGAAGAAGCUUGGGGCGUCGAAGAAGACCGCUACAAGGAAGCUCGGGAAUGGGUUGAUAUAUGGGUUGCCCAAGGCGAAGAUGGCUUUCUCGAAGUAGCAAGGAGACUCGGUAUAUCCGAGUAGAAUGUGCGUAAACCCACGUAUAUACUUAGUUGAUCGAAUAUGAAACCAGGGAUUUAUCAUUCUAGCUAUUUCUUCUUUACGGUCAAGUGAGGAUGACUAGUAACCUAACUAAUCUCAUUCGAGGGCUUACG